AUGCGAGCCGUCGUUCACGCUGGCCCGUUUCUCGAUUCGCUGAGCUCGUAUGCUCACGAUCCUGCGAGCGAUUUGAAGGAGUCGAGCAUGGCUGUUGCGUGCAAGCUGGAAAAGGCUUCGCUUUCAUCAAUGGUUGUAGAUCCUGCAUCAGGGUCUCUUCUCGAGGAUGCAAUGAUUGCUCCGUGUGGCCAUUCAUUUGGUGGAGCGACACUCUCUAGAGUCAUUGACUCUAUGCUAUGUCCUUAUUGCAUGGCCUCGGUUGACAUCAUGACUCUGAUUCCCAACCUUGCCAUGAGGUCAGUCGCGUCCUGCUUCCGCCCGGGCUUGUCGCAUGGAGGCGGCGUGAAGGUCCCGAAGAGAAAGCGGGUGAAGGAGUUUGGAGAAGGGAAAGACCCGUCAGAAGCUGUCAAACGCAGACCGAAGACUGAAGAUGCGAUGCUUGCCAGCUCAUUUGAAGGAGACGCAUUUGGCCGUCCAAAAGGAGUACAGUUCCCUUUUUCUGUCAAUGACAAAGUUCUGAUCAAGGGAAACAAGCGCACUCCUGAGAAGUUUUUCGGGAGGGAGGCAAUUAUCACGUCUCAGUGCUUGAAUGGCUGGUACUUGGUUCGCAUGCUUGACACUGGGGAAGUGUUCGCCUGCAGUACCGCUCUCUUCAGAAAAGUGGUGAGUCCCAUGUAUGGAACACCUUUGGAGACUGGUGACGCUCGUCUCUCUAGCAGUCCGGAUGCCCAGAUGGAGAGGAAGGCUGGAGCAGACUCCACAGCAAGGUGGUGGGAGGCGAAGCCUGGGGUUGGAGAAAUGUCCCCCACCUUCCGUCGGGACCCAUACGGAUCAUGA